CCUGUUUCUAAUGGUGUAUUUACAAGAAAUUGUAGACAAUAAACCCCUUCUUUGACCUCGUUUCAGCAAUACUCGGUAACAAUUGGCACGAGGCACGGCAACAAGACGAUCUACUAAAAAAUGGGAAAACAUACUUCUAACUGAAAGAAGUUGAACCAUUACUCAACCAACCUUGAAUGAAGAGACAAUUGUUAUGAAGAGGACCUAAGGAGGACAUGGACGAGUUUCACUAUUCAAGGUAUAUCUCAGUUGUAGUAGACUCCUCGUGCAUUGACGUUGUGAAAAUUAAAUCGCAUGAGCUACUUGCCCCUGACCUCGUUCCAGCAAAAGUUAUCAAAUGUCUCCUUACCCAUUCUAAUGGUAUCAUUUAAAAGAGCUGCAGAGGCUUCUUCUGGCAUUCCCUACGAAAGCUUGGGAUAGCGAAACCCUCAGAAAGGCUAGAACUUGUACUGCCGCAGAAUGGAAGCAAAGAAGACAUUAGGGCUCUUUGCUCUCCUUGUGUUUCUCCUCCAGCUGUGUCUUUCAAGUGCGACCAUCUUUCAAGCUGGAAAGGUCAACAUAACUGACACUUCCCAAAAUAGUCAUGGUUGCCAGUCCGUUUCUUUCAAAACGCAGUUCCAGGGUUCAGGCGACGUAAAAGUCUUUGUCACUCUUAGCCAUGGCAACAAACAUAUCAAAAUCCACGACCCAGCAGCACUGUGGGUAAAGUCGGUCUCCACGUCAGGAUUUAAGGUUUGCGUACGUGAGGCAGGUAGUGGCUCGGCAGGUAAUUCUGUCAUCAACUGGCUUGCUUUUCAAGGUUCUCAUCUUUUGAAAGUCAUAAUAUUUGGUGAACACUACUUUUCUGUACCUCUGUCUGAUCUUAUCAUUAUUUCACAGGAAGUCAGUCAAUCGGCGUUUAAGGUUUGUGUCAAGGACAGCCAAGGAAUAAGUAGGAAUCACGAUCCAAUAGCUGUAGAUUAUGCUGUCAUAGGAGACCUUGACCCGUGCAUCAACGUUACAUGCGAAUACUUUGCUGUCUGCAAGGCAUUCGACGCAUUUGACGCCCGCUGCGUGUGCGAAGAAAACUGCCCUUCAUACGAGGAGCCAGUGUGUUCAUCCAACUCUACAACAUUUAAAAACAAGUGCAUCUUUGAACUGGAAAUGUGCAGGCUGAAGAGUAACCAUACCCUAUAUCAUCCUGGAAGUUGCACUGGUUUUCCUGUCCGACGUGGGCGAGUUGAACUGAAACGAGAUGUUUCAUGGGCUGAUACAGCUUGCGAGUUGGUAACCUUCCCAUCAUUUUCGUUCUAUCCGGACAAGCAAGUGCACGUUCAUAUCACUACAAAUCACUGGAACUCCACCAGAACGAAUUUUGUGCACGAAGCCACCGUCUCUUGGGUGGAAAACGUCAAUUACCAAAGUUUUAGGGUCUGCGUAACGGCUGCAGGAAGAAAUGACCGUGGUACUAAAGAAUUUGCAUUCGUUGAUUGGAUGGCUUACCAAGGUGCUCCAAAUGGAGGUGUGGCGGGAAAAACACGGAUUCCAGAAUGGUGGACCGGAACUAAAUGCCAAAAAAUUACAUUACCCAAUGGUAAAUUUUCUGCAAAGCCUCUCGUUCUGGCUUCAGCAGAUCACGUAAGUUCUGCAUACAAGCACGACGCUGCAAGUCUAUGGAUCGAAAAUGCCACCAGUUCCUCAUUCUACAUCUGUAUCCGUGAGCUGCAAAAUUACGAUGGUCUCCAUGAAGACAUUUUUGUGAGCUGGAUGGCUUUCGAAGCAAUUCAUCGUCCGCUAUUUACCGAAAGUAAAAAAAUCGAGUUCCCCAACAACAGCUCGGUUUCUAAGAACUACAAUGGUGCAUUCUGCAAGGACGUGCAGUUUUCAAAGUCAUAGGAAAAAGAACCUACGAUAAUAGUUACACCGAAUCACGAGUCAGAUGGAAACAACUUAAAGCCAACCUACAUGUCUGUUGCUACUUGGAUAGAGCAUAUAAAGAAAUCAGACUUUCGUAUUUGUCUCAACGAGUUGUUUGCCGAUCAGCAUGAUCCCGUCACCGUGUCCUAUGUUGUUCUAGCGGACGUGUGUAAGCCUGGCUGGUCAUACUUCUCUGGUGUUUGCUACUUCACAAGUCAGUCAUGCAAGAACUGGACUGAUUCUCAAAAGACCUGCCAAAGGGACAAUGCCAAUCUGGUUUCCGUUAAAACUCAAGAAGAGAAUGUGUACAUUCAGCACCGUCUUAACGGAGACAAAGGUUGGAUCGGUCUGAAUGACAGAGACACCGAGGGCACUUUUGUUUGGGCUGGUAAUCAGUCCAUCAACUUCACUUAUUGGGCUCCACAUCAACCUAACGAUUUCACACUGAAUGAGGACUGCGUUCACACCAUAGGAGUCAGACAUAGUUUUGAAUGGAAUGAUGUAAGCUGCGCAAGCUGUCAUAACUUCACAUGUUCAGAAGACCUUGAUGAAUGCGUAGGAAAUAAUCAUGACUGUAGCCAGAAUGGUAUCUGCACGAACACACACGGGUCUUAUAAAUGCCAUUGUGCCAGUGGGUAUAGCGGCGAUGGUCGAAGUUGUGCAGAUAUAGAUGAAUGUUCUCUAAGUCAUGGGUGUGAUAGCAGUGCAACGUGUCAGAACACGGAUGGAUCGUAUACCUGUAGUUGCAUAAACGGUUACACUGGAGAUGGAAUGACUUGUAGAGAUGUCGAUGAAUGUACGCUCAACAGUCAUGACUGUGAUGCCAACGCAAAAUGUACAAACACGCCAGGAUCAUUUACUUGCGAGUGUGACCAUAACUCUCACUACCAUGGCAAUGGAAAAACGUGCUAUGCUAACCGAGGCCUGGAAGACUCAAGUAUCAUAGGUGGAGACACAAGUAAAAUGUCGCAGCUGAAUUCCUGGCUUUAUUCCCGCUUGCAGAGCGUGUCGAAAAGGUACUGGAAACGGUGCUACAGAGCUUCUAAUAAUGGAUGGAGUACACAAACAUUUCACGGCCGUUGUGAGGACCUGGGACCGACUGUGACUAUAAUUCGUGCUCAUGGCUACAUAUUUGGUGGUUACACCGAUAAGUCGUGGAAAUGGUCCUACGGAUACAUCUAUUCAACAAGAGCUUUCAUCUUUUCUCUCAAAAAUUACUACGGAUACGGUUACUUCAAAAACGAUGUUAACACCUAUCCAUCUUACGCCACAUACAGCAGCUACAAUUAUGGUCCGACAUUUGGUGGGGGACAUGAUAUUUACGUUGCCGACUAUGCGAGUAGUAACUAUAACUCUUAUUUCUAUUGUCACUCGUACACUAGUCCGUACUGUUACAAUUAUUUAUGGACAGGAAAUAAUAAUUUCUGCGCAAGUGAGGUAGAGGUUUACUAUGAAGCGAUUUCACCAAUUUAAGUACGUUUUGGAAAUAUGAUUGGAAGGCGUUAAUCUAUCACAUUAAUAACUACAGCUAUAAUAAAACUGUCAUAUCUUUUUUCCUGUCGGGUUUACGGCACCGGACAAUUCAAUGAGCAGCUCAUUUUCGAUUGUUCUUUGAUUAAAAUGUGAUAGAAAUUGAUGAAAGGUAAUUUCUUACUCAUGUAUGCCUGUAAAACGGUGUAAUCAGAUCAACAAUUUUCUGAAACAAGUAUUGUGUUUGAGUUAGAUGAUAUAACACCCCUUAAGGAUUAUUGUUUUACUUGACUAAGCUUGAAAUAAACCGCAUCUCCUUCAGGGAGAAAGGAAUUUAAUAAAGAAAAAAACACAAAAAGUUUCAAAGAA